UAGCUGCAGGCAACCAUCGCAGUCGAUUUCUGGAGACAUCGAUUUUUGUUUCAGCUCUACUUCAAAUCGCAGCCACAAGAAAUAUAUUGCCCUUCCCCGAAAAGGAAAUAAAUAGGAAUUGUGAGCUUGAACCACCUAGUAAAUAUACCCGAGUAAAUCGCCGUUUGGAGUCCAGCGCUUUUUUACCGAUCCAGCGAAAGCAACAACAAGCAAGCCCGGCGGACUAGUGUUGUCUAGUAAUUACGCAAAAAUUCCAUUGCCCACACACGCACACAGACGCACGAGCUGCGGAAAGAAACGGAAAGUGAAGUGAACUACGUAGAGAGGCAAAAAGAGCGCAAAAUGACUUCCGAUAUCGCCAUGCAACUGAUUGCCAUUUUGGAGAAGACGGUCUCGCCAGACAAAAAUGAACUGCUAUCGGCGAAGAACUUCCUUGAGCAGGCGGCGGCCAGCAAUCUGCCCGAAUUUCUCAAGGCGCUGUCAGAGAUCCUGGUGAACACGACAAACAGCGCGGUGGCACGAAUGGCAGCCGGUCUCCAGCUGAAGAACCACCUGACCAGCAAGGAUGAGAAGAUCAGCCAACAGUACCAGGAGCGCUGGCACCAGUUUCCCAGCGAGAUCCGUGAGCUUAUCAAGAAUAACAUCCUGGCAGCCUUGGGUACUGAGAACACGCGACCCUCUUGCGCCGCCCAGUGCGUGGCCUAUGUGGCCGUCAUCGAGCUGCCAAUGAACCGCUGGGCAAUGCUCAUCCAGACCCUGGUAAACAAGGUGGUCAGCGAAGGAUCCAGCGAAAUGCAUCGCGAGGCGGCGCUGGAGGCAAUUGGCUACAUCUGCCAGGACAUUCGCUUCGGCGUUCUAGAGAACCAGUCCAACGAUGUGCUCACCGCUAUAAUCCACGGCAUGAGGAAGGUCGAGCCGAGCAAUCACGUCCGCUUGGCAGCCACCACGGCACUUCACAACUCGCUUGAGUUUACCAAGUCGAACUUUGAGAAGGACAUGGAGCGCAACUUCAUCAUGGAAGUGGUGUGCGAGGCCACUCAGUGCCAGGACACGCAGAUCUGUGUAGCCGCUCUUCAGUGUCUGGUGAAGGUUAUGACCCUUUACUACCAGUUCAUGGAGCCCUACAUGGCACAGGCCCUCUUCCCGAUCACUUUGGCCGCCAUGAAGGCGGAAAACGACGCUGUGGCUCUGCAGGGUAUAGAGUUCUGGUCAAACGUCUGCGACGAGGAGAUCGAUCUGGCAAUCGAGAGUCAGGAGGCCACCGAUCAAGGCAGGGCCCCGCAGCGGGUAUCCAAGCACUACGCCCGUGGUGCUCUGCAGUUCCUGACGCCCGUGCUCGUCGAGAAGCUGACCAAGCAGGACGAGUGCGAUGACGAGGACACCUGGAGCCCGGCGAAGGCCUCCUCCGUCUGCCUUAUGGUGCUGGCCACCUGUUGCGAGGAUGAGAUCGUGCCACAUGUCCUACCCUUCAUCAAGGAGAACAUCGAGUCUCCCAACUGGCGAUUCCGCGAUGCUGCGGUAAUGACCUUUGGCUCAGUGCUGAACGGAUUGGAGACCAACACCCUGAAGCCGCUCGUGGAGCAGGCCAUGCCCACGCUGAUCAGGCUGAUGUACGACUCUAGUGUUAUUGUGCGCGACACCACCGCCUGGACUUUCGGGCGAAUUUGCGAUAUCAUUCCCGAGGCUGCCAUCAACAAGACCUACCUCCAGACUUUGCUGGAGUGCUUCGUGAAGAGCUUGAAGUCGGAGCCAAGGGUGGCUGCCAAUGUGUGCUGGGCUUUCAUCGGACUUUCAGAUGCCGCCUACGAGGCAGCUGUCACCACCGAGGGCGAGACCCCGGAGACCUAUGCCCUGUCGCCGUACUUUGAGUACAUCAUCACCCAGUUGCUGGAGACAACCGAUCGAUCGGAUGGGGCUCAGGCCAAUUUGCGCGGAGCUGCCUAUGAAGCACUCAUGGAUAUGAUCAAGAACUCGCCUCUGGAUUGCUAUUUGGUUGUGCAGCGCACCACCCUGGUGAUUCUGGAGCGUUUGAACCAGGUGAUGCAGAUGGAAACACAGAUCAACAACCACAGCGAUCGCCAUCAGUUCAACGAUCUUCAAUCUCUCUUGUGCGCCACUUUGCAAAGUGUUUUGAGAAAGGUCCAUGAGCAGGAUGCUCCUCAAAUUUCUGAUGCCAUCAUGACAGCCCUGCUGACAAUGUUUAACUCGAGCGCUGGAAAGUCGGGCGGUGUGCAGGAGGAUGCCUUCCUAGCCGUUUCCACACUGGUGGAACUUCUGGGAGUGCAGUUCGCCAAGUACAUGCCCGCCUUUAAGGACUUCCUCGUUAUGGGUCUGAAAAAUCACCAGGAGUACCAGGUUUGCUGCGCUUCGGUCGGACUCACCGGCGACAUUUUCCGCGCUCUCAAGGACCUGAUGGUGCCCUACUCCGACGAGAUAAUGUCCGUAUUGAUGAACAACCUAGCUGAACCGAGUCUGCAUCGCAGCGUCAAGCCCCAGAUCCUGUCCGCCUUCGGGGACAUAGCUUUGAGCAUUGGCAACAACUUCCUAAAAUAUCUGAACGUGGUCCUAGAUAUGUUACGAGCUGCGUCCAAUCUUCAGACGGACGCCAACAACUUCGAUAUGAACGAAUACAUCAACGAGCUGCGUGAGAGUGUCCUCGAGGCCUACACUGGCAUCAUCCAGGGUCUCAAGGGCCUGGACCAGACGGCUCACCCUGACGUGAUGCACAUGGAGCCCCACCUGAUUCACAUAAUUUCCUUCAUCAAGCGCAUAGCCCAGGAGGGUGACGUGUCCGACUCGAUGAUGGCCAGUGCCGCUGGUUUCAUCGGCGAUCUGUGCACCUCUUUCGGACCUCGUCUGUACCCGCUGCUGGACGAUGCGAUCAUUACCCACUUCCUUGCCGAGGGCAAGCGCUCCAAGGGGCAGCGCACCAAGAUGCUGUGCACUUGGGCCGUCAAGGAGAUCAAGAAGAUCAAUAGCCAGGUCAUCGCGCAGUAGAUCGCCUGCUAAAGGUUAAUGUUUCCCUGCUUCCCACCAGACCCUCAAGAUUGUAUGUAAUGCAGCCAAACUGUCAUGUCCGAAUUCUCUGAUACAAGAUUCUAUCUGCUAAGUUUGUUUGUCCGAUAUAUUGUUGCUGUGCAACUAAACUAGUAAAUGCUAAGACAAAUUGUUUAUAAAACCCCACUAGCUUUAAGCUCAAAACCGAACCUCUGUUUCGACCUAAUAUUUUAUUUAAGACCUGUUAAUCAUCGUGUGAGUUUAUUACCCCCUAUCCAUUGUCCUCGCUCGGUAAUGCAAACCCCAAAAACUGGCUGUCCAUUGACUAAUACACAAAAAUGAGAAUUAUCGCUGCUUGUAAUUAUGACUUCUAUAAGAAAACGGCUUUAAGGGCAGCCUCUUUUUUUGGGAUUGCUCCAGAGUCCGGCGAUUUAGUAGCCCGAUUUUAAGCUUAACCCAAAGGCUAACAAAGCUGUUAUACAAAAUUAUGUAAAAUUUAAAUUUAAUUGUAAAAAUCGGUAGUACAUUAUUGCGUUAACAAGUAAAAAACAUUAAAUGCA